CGAAGGUUAGGUGUAAGAGUAGCUUUAAGCUAAAUCUCGCCUUGAGUAGAUAAUAGUAAUAAGGACGAUUAUUAGUAUAAUUAUAAUUGUUAUUAUUAUUUCCCUCAUUCACAGGCUUUCCUGCUAUUAGUUUUGAAACAAGAUUGCCCGUUCGUUGCUGAUGUUAGAAAGAUCUUGUUCUAGUCGCCACCUAAAACUCUACGGAUUACACUGCAUGUGUCCAACACGACCGACUAUUGCAUGGGCUAGUAUAAUUCAAAGAUUGGCUCCCAAUGGCACAUCGAGAUCCACCAUGUAUGUUUUGUUUUCAUUUUUUAGAGUGAGCACGUGAUUAUUAUGAUUAUUAUUAUUAUUAUUUUAGUAUUAU